ACAUCACCAUGGCUCCCAAGAUUCAUCUCGUUCGCCACGCGCAAGGAGAGCACAAUGCGACUCGCGACUACAGCAUUCGCGAUGCAGUACUGACGGCCAAGGGCAAGGAGCAAUGCCGGGCCCUCAGCGCGGCGUUUCAACACCACGAUGAAAUAGAGACGGUGUUUGCAUCUCCACUGCGGCGGACGAUCCAGACGGCGGCGCUUAGUUUCGGACGAGUGCUGUCGCGACCAGAAGUGCCGUUUGUGCUGCUCCCGGCGCUGCAGGAGGUCAGCAACAUUGGAUGCGACGUAGGGCUGGCGGAUAGUGCGGCUGAUUUGCAGCAACUGCUGCCUGAUUUGUUUGAGGCCGGGGAGAUUGAUUUUGACGUUAGCAAGAUUGACGCUUCAGCAGUGACGCCGGGCUGGAAUUCCAAGGAAGGUUACUGGGCGUACGAGAAGACGGCCAUCAACAAGCGCGCUGCAGAGCUGAGGAGCUGGCUGUUCCAGCGCCCAGAGGCCCAGGUGCUGGUGGUGACGCACGGGGCGUUUGCUCACUUUCUGACCGAGGACUGGGAGGUAGAAGAUCCCAUGCUGGGCACUGCAUACAAAAACUGUGAGCACCGCGUGUUUGUCUUCACGCCUGACUCGACGGCCGCCGAGGCCCAUGUGGAGGAGACGUGGGAGAGCAGACGCGGUAGAAGCACGGUAGAAGUCGAAAAGGACCCGCACGUCGUCGACGAGUUCCUGACUACGGCCGCGUAGAUGGGGGGUCCAUGGGCAUGGAUGGACUCGGACGAGCCAAUGGGUCUUGAGAUGAGGUUUUUUUUCAAAAAAAAAAAAAGGCGCAGUGUUGAGGGCGUGUGUCGCGUGAGACGGGGGUACUUUGUGGAGGUGGGAAACUUCUGUUGCAUGCAAUCUGGAGUUACAAUGUAGUAUAGUAGCGCUACGGCACGCGCCUGUCGAUAGCAUGCAGGUGCAUGGAUGCAUGGAUGCAUGAAUCCACGGCCCUUAAAAGGAGCGAAAAGGCUGGGGUAAAGAUAGCGAUUUUUUCCUGCAGGCAAUGGACAGGCGGUGCACACACAGACAGACGGACACGGGCAGGGUG